AUGAAAUGCUCCUUGAGUGCACAAGCAGCCACAGAUCAGAAAUAUGCGUUGCUGUUUCAUAUAAGCCCAUUCCAGUUAGGGAAUCUCGGGAAGUUCGAUGUUUGGACCCUUUCACUUCCUUUGAUGGUGACUGUUCAUGGUUCACAGGAUUGUGACGCACAAGGCGCUAUAGUCUGGCACCGAGCAUUUGCAUCAGUGUCACGCUCACCAGGAGCAACUGACAUAGCAGCAGUAGCUUGGAAAGACUUAGCACAUGUUCUGAGACAUAAAUUCACGUUGUUUACUGGUGCUCGACGUCCGUUGUCCGACUCCGAUCUAAAUUACCUCUCUGAAAAAUUGCUCGUACCCAAUGUGCCAGAUCAGAAACCGAUUACCUUCCACCGAUUCGCCAAGCAAAACCUCCGCGAUGAUGUGGCCUUUUCGUUUUGGGAAUGGUUCUUUUCCAUCAUGCAGCUCAUCAAACAGAAGUUGCUCAAAUUUUGGGAUGAAGGCUGGCUGGUAGGCUUUAUAUCAAAACAGGAUGCAUCGCAAUCGAUGAUGUUGUCUAGUCAUCCUACCUUCCUUCUUCGAUUCAGUGAUACUCAGACAGGAGCUGUCAGCAUAGGAUUCGUAUGCGAAGAUGACGAUGGGCAAAAA